UGAAGGUCUUCGCUUCAAUUUAGGUAGAACAUGAUUAUCGCCCGUCCCGGCUUGAUCAAACUCAAGGAUCCAGAACUGACUGCUGGUGGUGGCCCGCCAUGGCUAAGAUAUCGUCGCGGGUCGGCCCUCUUCUUGCUCCUCUUUCUUCUUCUCCUCUUUCUUGAUCCUCUUCCUUUCAACUAACUUUGUCCGCUGUCUUGAUUCUUUGAUGCUCUCUCAUCUUACAAAAACCACCUUCAUCCCGAAAUCAAUCUGAUCACCUUAUAUCCGAGACCACCACCCACCACCACCACCACCACCACCCUCCAUCAGCCCGCAAAAGCCAAACCAACCUACCCCUCCAACCCCGCGCCCAUCAUGGACAUGAGCAGUAUGGAUUCCAGCUCUUCCUCAUCCUCGAUGUCCAUGGCCAUGGUCUUCACCAACAGCCACUCCACCCCGCUCUUCUCGUCGCAAUGGACGCCCACCUCCAGCGGCAGCUACGCGGGCACGUGCAUCUUCCUGAUCGUGCUGGCCAUCAUCGGCCGGCUGCUGGUGGCCUUCAAGGCGCUGAUGGAGCAGCGGUGGCUCAGCGCGCACCUGCAGCGGCGGUACGUCGUCGUGGCGGGCAAAUCCACCGAGGCGGGCCGCAUCGACGCCGACCCGGACGCCAAGGGGGCCACGCUCAUCACCGCCCAGGGCGUCGAGGAGAGCGUCCGCGUCGUGCGCCGCACCGCCCGCGAGCCCCUCCCCUGGCGCUUCAGCGUGGAUCUGCCCCGCGCCUUGAUCUUCCUCGUCAUCACGGGCGUGUCGUAUCUACUCAUGUUGGCCGUCAUGACCAUGAACGUGGGCUACUUUUGCUCUGUCCUGGCCGGCGCGUUCCUUGGGGAACUCGCGGUGGGUCGGUAUAUUCAGUGGAAUGAACAUGAUCACUGAACUGCUUUUCCUUGCUGUGUUCUUUUGGUGUUGAGUGGGCGUUGGGUUUUGCUUGCAUUGCGGCUUAGCAUGGGGGUUUGUUUUACUCUGAGAUACCUUUUUUUUCGACACGAACCGUUUACGAUAUACUUAGUUGACGAUGGGCUCGGCUCGUCUGAGGCAUAGCUGGUGUUUUCUAUGUCCCGUGGGGUGUGGAUGGGUGGAUUGUAUAUAGACAUGGAUGCUGAAGAUACGUACAUAUCAUCAUUGACCGUAAACUGUUUAGCGAUCAAUAAGCCUCGAUGUAGAACGUUACGGUCUGCAAUUACGGUCUGCAAC